GUGCCCAGGAUGCUGCUGCUGUGCCUGGCAGCCCUGGCCUGCCUCGCCGAGGGCUCCCAGCGCAGCGAGCCCAUGUUCACCUCCGUCACCCACCGCCUGCUCCCGCCUGACUACGACAGCAACCCCACACAGCUCAACUACGGCGUGGCUGUCACCGACCUCGAUGCCGACGGCGACUUCGAGAUCGUGGUGGCCGGGCGCCUGUCCACGCGGUUGCCGCUGGCUGAUAAACGCGCCUAUGGGGGCUGCCCGUGUCCCCCACUGCCUCGCUGGCUGCCCCCAGGCCUGGAUGACCCCUACCAGCAUGGACGUGGUGUGGCGCUAGCCGACUUCAACCGCGAUGGCCGCUUGGACGUGGUCUAUGGGAACUGGAACGGGCCCCACCGCCUAUUCCUGCAGGCAGGGGCCCCUGGGCGCGUGCGAUUCAGGGACAUCGCCACCCCCAAGUUCUCCAUGCCCUCCCCCGUGCGCACUGUCAUCACGGCCGACUUAGACAAUGAGCAGGAGCUGGAGCCGGAGGGACGUGGCACGGGGGGUGCAGUGACGGAUUUUGACGGGGACGGGCUGCUGGACCUGAUCCUGUCCCACGGCGAGUCCAUGGCGCAGCCGAUCUCCAUCUUCAAGGGCACCCAAGGCACCAGCAACAACUGGCUGCGCGUGAUCCCCCGCACCCGCUUCGGGGCCUUCGCGCGCGGGGCCAAGGUGGUGCUGUUCACGCGGCGCAGCGGGGCCCACCUGCGCAUCAUCGACGGUGGCUCGGGGUACCUGUGCCAGAUGGAGCCCGUGGCCCACUUUGGACUGGGUGCAGCUCAAGUGGCCUUUUUUGGGGGAUAUCCCUCCGGUGGGAGUUGGCCCCGGCCACGCCGAGGUGCCCUCCUCCCUCUAGGCCUGGGACUCUGCUUUUGCCUCUAUGCACUUUAACCCUUGCCCGUAUCGUGCCAGAGCAGCCUUGGCGGAGGGACCGGCCGGCCUCUGCCCGUGUCUCUCUCUCUCUCUCUCUCUCUCUCCAUGUCGAAGCGUCCCGCAGCAGCCCC